AUGUCGGAAAGAAAGAAGUUCAGUUCAAGAAUCUCGUCGAUAUUUAACUAUAAUCUGUCAAAUUCUGUACCUACCCAGUCAUCAAUUCAAAAUCUGGGCUCACAUUCUAAAUCAAUUGGCGCUCCAAGAUCGACCCCAUCAAAUUCCAAACCAUCUGGUUCGACCUCGUCUCCUAGACCAUUGAGCAAGCCUUUGUUGAACACAAACAAUUCAAGGAGCAAUGCAUCAUUAGUUACUUCAACCCUGCAUAACAAUAGUAGCGUACCCGUAUCAUCAAGAACUGACACAAACAGAAAAAUAGUAUCGUCAAAACCUUCAAUAAAUACAUUGGAAUCACAUACUCAUAGCAAUAACAAUAACAAUAAUAGCAAUAGUAAUUAUCAUAUGAAUAAUAACAAUAAUUUUAAUAAUGAUCCUUAUUUAAAUGAUAACAUAACGCUGCCCGUGCAACGUCAUAACGAGGGAUCAAUAGACCCAAACCAAUACUGCCAACAAUCCCCUCAAUAUUUAAAUCCACUUCUAAAAUCUCCCGACUCUUUAGAAAGUGGUCCUUCAAAACCAACCAGCCCUAAUCCUUCCAUUAACAAUAGAUUACGUCGGAAACCCCCAAGCGAUUUGGACUCGUUUGACUUUGGAAUGUAUGGUGAAAACAAUGAUGGAAGUGAUAACGAAACUAAGGGGGGCACGUUUGAUUCACCAAAAUCAGGGACUGGUAUAACUAAUGAUAUUAUUGCUGAUUUGGAAAGUGAUAUUGAUAAUUUCUUAAAAGCAAGUAGUGAGAGCGGAAAAGAAAUGCCAGUGGUGACCAGAACAAAUUCAAGUAAACACUCGUCGCCAUUUCCAAGUAGUUCAAGUGACGUUGCUGACAAUAGCUACAUAAAUGAUUUGAGUUUAAGUAGAUCAAAGCCUGUUAUGGGAUUAGCUGAUAUUGUCAAUGACCAGGAUCAGCAAAAUGAGGAUUUCAUCGAACCAUCAUUGUCGACCCCUUAUCCCUUGGAUUCCCCAUUGAUUACUCCUAUAAUUUCACCCGUGGAAUCUCCACAAAUUAUCCAAAAUGAAUUUAUGCCAAUCAGCAGCAACGACAGUCCUAAUUUGAAACAUGAAUUUUCAACUUCGGGACAAACUAGCCCUCCCAAUCCAUUUUCUUCACCAGUUGCUUCUGGGACACCUUCUAUCACAUCACCUAGGAAAUUACGAAACCUUGAUUUAUCAACAACACCGGCAAGCCCCGUUGCAAGCUUAAUAUCUUCGACUGAAGGAAAUGGUGGGGAAAUUUCCCAGUUCCCAGUGUCGUCAACUUCAAGAAAUACUUCACAAAACUACACAACUUCAAGGACUCCAUCGGCUGCAUCUCGUAUGCAUUCAGCAAGACUGCCAGGAAACCCGCAACCACUGACACAAACACCACUAUCACGCACAUUAACAGAAAAUUCGUCAGCACCGAUUGCACUUUCCAAAUCUUACACACAAAAGACAUACGCCAGUAAUAGAUCCAACCCUAGUCAACAUCGUAUGUCAAGCUCAGUUGGAUCUAUAUACAGUUCUAACUCAUAUAGAAAUGUGAAUUUAGCUGCGUUAAAGAAAACAUUGAAUUUGAAACCUGGCGAAGGAGAAAGGUCUAAUUAUGUUUUGGCAAUUAGAAAAGCGGCAGGUACAUCCUAUAAUGAGCUGACACGAAUGAAGUGGAAGUUGCCUGUGGGUAUAUUACCAGUUGACAAGUCUGCAACUAAAGAAAACUCUAAUGGUAAAUAUAUGAAAUUGGCCGGUAAUCUGUUAGCGGCUUCACGGAAAAAAACCAGUGGUGUCGAAUUAAAACAUGGUCAUUUGAAACCAAGAUUAUUGGCUGCUGAAAUUGAUGAAGGUGAUGAUUCAACUGCCAUAAGUUUGGCCAAGACACCUUUGACCCAAUCCUCAGUGAACUUGAAAGUGACAGAAACUAAUUCAAACAAAACUGUUUCCAGUGAAAACUCAUUAAUGAGAACAACAACUGAUGUUUCAGUAGUAACGGGUGAUACUAAUAGUAUAGUUACGACAACCACUGAUACCAAUGCGAGCGGUAGAGGAGAAAGUAGUGGUAAUGGACUUAAACGAAAUGAAUCCAUCGCGUCAAGUAAUUCAUCUGGCAGUUUAUCAGAUAAAAACUUUACUAAUUUUGGAUAUUACCAACACCGAAGCUAUAAAGAUGAUGACGAAGAUAUUUUUGCUGACGGUGUCAACAGACAAGCAUCCAAUGAUGGUGAUGUGACAGACGAGGAAAGCAAUCAAAUAAAUGGUUAUCCAAAAGUCUCCUACAUGGACGCUAAUAGCAUUGAACAAGAAGAAGAGGACAACGAUAGACCAAGGUUGGUUUUAGCCAAUCCUGAUUAUGAUAGUGAUGACAGUUCAUAG